AGAGUUGCAGAAUUAAAAGGCACAAAGCAGACAGCAACUGGCUCAGCUGCUAGCACAUCUCAUCCUGUCAAGAGAAAAACUGUUGAUGCAGAAAAUACAGAGUUAAAGAAAGUAAAAGGUACAGAUGAAAAGCCACAUACGUCUACAUCUGGGCUACCAGCAGAUUUUUUUGAUGAAAAGGAACGAGAUAGUGCAAAUGAAGCUCUUUCAAAGGGUCUAGGUCCCAGUUUAUUGUCUGGAAAUUAUGAUGAUGAUGAUGAUGAUGAAGAGGAAGAACAAGAUCAAUCAGACAAAUCUUCUGCUGUGCAAAAAACUGAAAUUCCACCUCCAACUCAAGAAGUAGUAGCUAAUUCUCUGCCUGCAGACUUCUUUGACAGCAAAACUCCAUCUGCUCCUAUAGUUUCCCAUUCAGGAUCCAUACAGAAAGCAGAGAUACAAGAGAAGAUAGUGGAAAGGAAAGAAAACACUGCUGAAGCUUUGCCAGAAGGUUUCUUUGAUGAUCCUGAAGUGGAUGCAAAAGUGCGAAAAGUUGAUGCUCCGAAGGAUCAGAUGGACAAAGAAUGGGAUGAAUUUCAAAAGGCAAUGCGACAGGUCAACACAAUUUCAGAAGCAAUAGUAGCAGAAGAGGAUGAGGAGGGACGACUAGAUCGUCAGAUUGGAGAAAUUGAUGAGCAGAUUGAAUGUUAUCGCCGUGUUGAACUUUUGCGUAACCGCCAGGAUCUGAUGAAGGAGAAGAUAAAGGAAGCCAUGAGAUUAAGAGCAACACAAGAGAAAGAGGAUGAGGCUAUUGGUAGUGAAGACGAAGAAGAAUUGCAGGAUUUGCUCUCUCAAGACUGGCGGGUGAAGGGGACUUUGUUGUAGCAUUUCUGCAAUGUGGCUGAUACUAUUUUUAUCUGUGAUGUUACUUCCAUUGUUAAAAGUGAGAUGCUUUUGUUAAAUAUUUAUUUAAAGAGGAUUGUGAGAUGGUAAGACCCAAAUGUAUUAAAAAAUCUUUGUAGAUCUAAAGUGACUUAUUACUUGCUUUAAAAACUGUAUAUUGCAAUUGUUUUACAAUAUUAAAUGCACCUUUCCUAUUAAAAUAAUUUCUUUCCUAC